AUACACCUGUGCGUCUACGUCACGAGCGCUUUUAGAGGGGAGCGUGCGAUUGGCUCGUGCUGACUUACUGUUAAACCGGAUGAACUCCUGCCGACAGGUGUUCGUCCCAAACUGCGGGUUCUGUUCUGGGAUUAUUUCAAAAACUUUAAUUUCUGACACGAGGAGGAAAUCCAGCGAUUUCUGCGCGCGCGCGGUGCGGAAGCGACACCACCGGGUACCGUGACGUCAUCAACAAGCGCGGUGUGGAUGUGUAAGGAGAUAUGGGAGAGUUCUGUUCUUCUGGGUCUGUACCGGGUCAGUGACCGGGUUUAAUCCGAACCACCACCAUGGUAACCUGCUGAACGAUUCCACACAUAAUGAACGGUGAUGAAGAGACCAAAGAUCGCCGUCCUCCUCUUCGUGGCCUUUCUGCUGGUCUACCUGCUGUUCCUGAAGAACCACUACUCCACCUCCAAGGCCCCCCCCUUCAGACCCCCUCCACACGCCGAGCCCGGAUUGGGCAGAACCGAUGACGGCAGGCUCGGCUCCGCAGACGGGCUCAACUUCCAAUAUGGCAUCAUGUUUGACGCGGGCAGCACCGGAACCAGAGUCCACAUCUUCAAGCUCCAGAUGAAGAGCAGAGAACCACCCACAGUGGACCACGAGACCUUUGAGGCCAUCAAACCCGGGCUGUCUGCGUACGCUGAUGACCCCGAGAAGUGUGCAGCAGGAAUCCAAAAGCUCCUGCUUGUGGCCCGGUCCAGCGUCCCCCCCUCCAUGUGGGCCAGAACCCCUCUGGUUCUGAAGGCCACGGCCGGUCUGAGGCUGCUGCCCGGAGAGAAAGCCAAGCAGCUGCUGGACAAAGUUAGACAGAUUUUCCAGGAGUCUCCUUUCCUGUCCAGAGAUGACAGCGUGUCCAUCAUGGAAGGUACUGACGAAGGGAUUUCUGCCUGGAUCACUGUCAACGUCCUCAUCGGUGGUCUUGGCAGAGCUGACUCCACCACUGUGGGAAUGUUGGAUCUCGGUGGCGGUUCAACUCAGAUCACCUUCAGCCCCCGAGAUGAG